AUGACUUACAACUACAUUUCUCAACCUUUGCCCUACCACCACCGCCCUACCACUCAGCAGCGGCGUGGUCCUGGAUGCGGCUGUAGCCACGUGUGGUCUAAUCCUCAACUCUAUGCGCGAGAGAACAACAUGCUCAUGGGUAACCCGCCACACCAUCAUGGCCAGCCCAGCUUGGCUGGGUCCAGCAUGGCAAGCCCUUAUCUCUCGCCCGUCACAGAAAAAUCGGCCCCAACUAGUUCCCCGUACGUCGAGAUCGCUUCUCCUGCCAUUAUUGCACAGGAUGACUCACACGAUGAGACUUCUUCCUGCAUUUUUGCCGAUCUUCUGAUCCCGGGCCGUGGAAACCCCAUGUCCGACAUGGCGGUAGGCAUCUCUCGCCAGAGUGGCAAGAUCACCUUCGUACAGUCGCAGUCAAGAUUUCCAUCGGCCUUGAACUCACUUCCUCGAAUUCGCGUACGCUAUCUCCUGCCAGGCUUGUGGGACUGUCACACCCACUUCGCAGGCACCUUGCACGUCGAUUUUCCAGACUUCAUCCAAACCCACCCGGCGGUUUGCGGAGCCGCCAACGCUCGAAGCUUUCAUGACACCCUCAUGGCAGGCUUUACGUCGGUCAGAGACUGCGGAUCAUACGCCACUGAGGUUGCCAGAGUCGCCACGGCCGGGGUCAUUCUGGGCCCUAGUGUGUUCGGCGCUGGUGCUGCUAUCGGCAUCACGGGGGGUAGCUGCGACGCCACUACGCUACCCGCCGACUUUGUCUACUCCCGCCAGGGAACUGGAGCCGAUAACUUCUGGCCGGGCGUCAGCACGCUUGCUAUCGCCGACGGCGUCGAGCAAUGUCGCCAGGCCGUUCGGCAGCAGGUUCGUCGUGGCGCCAAGUGUAUCAAAAUCGUUGCCACUGGCGGCGUUCUAAGUACCACCGAUGAUCCUCACUACAGACAAUUUUCAGACGAGGAACUAGGCGUCAUGGUCCAGGAAGCAGCACUCCAGGGCCGGGCGGUUGCAGUCCAUGCGCAUGGUAAAGCAGGUAUUAUGGCUGCUAUCCGCGUCGGUGCUAAGACGAUUGAGCAUGGCAGCUUUAUCGAUGAAGAAGCUGCUGAGCAAAUGGCUAAACACGGCGUUAUGCUUGUCGCUACACGUCAUGUCAUCGAAGCUGGGCUUAAACAUCUGGAGGACCUUAAUCCUGAGACCGCCGAAAAGAUGGUUAUGGUUGCCGACGCGCAUCUCCGUGGUUAUUCUACUGCGAUCAAGAAAGGCGUCAAGAUAGCACUAGGAACUGAUAUCGCAAGUUCUGAUCCCGAGUCUGAGACAUCCCACGGAAAGAAUGGAGCUGAGGUUGUAUAUGCCGUCAAAGCAGGGUUGUCACCUCUGCAAGCUAUCGAGGCAGGCACCAUUAACUCGGCCGAGACCUUAGGCCCUCAGUCACCUAAGAAGGGUCUGCUGAAGCCUGGAUGGGACGCUGAUAUGAUUGCCUUUGACGAAAACCCGCUUGAAAAUGUCAGCGUGUUCGCAGAACCCGAUAAUGUUAAGUUUGUGUGGCAGGGCGGCAAAUUAGCCAAGUCGCCAGGCUGGAAGGCACUUUGGCCUUCGGACUGCAAAUAG